AUGCAGAAAUAUGAGAAACUGGAAAAAAUUGGAGAAGGAACAUAUGGAACAGUUUUUAAAGCUAAAAAUAAAGAGACUCAUGAAAUUGUAGCCCUUAAGAGAGUAAGAUUAGAUGAUGACGAUGAAGGAGUACCAUCCUCUGCAUUACGUGAAAUAUGUCUUCUAAAAGAAUUAAAACAUAAGAACAUCGUACGUUUAUAUGAUGUACUACAUAGUGAGAAAAAAUUAACUUUGGUAUUUGAGCAUUGCGAUCAAGAUUUGAAAAAAUAUUUCGACAGCCUCAAUGGCGAAAUAGAUCUCGAUGUUGUUAAGUCAUUUAUGUAUCAGCUUUUACGAGGCUUAGCUUUCUGUCAUAGUCACAAUGUACUUCAUCGUGAUUUAAAACCUCAAAAUUUGUUAAUUAAUAAAAAUGGAGAACUAAAAUUGGCUGAUUUUGGCCUUGCCAGAGCUUUUGGUAUUCCUGUAAAAUGCUACUCUGCUGAAGUAGUAACUCUUUGGUACAGACCACCUGAUGUCUUAUUUGGAGCAAAGUUGUAUACAACAAGUAUUGAUAUGUGGUCAGCUGGUUGUAUUUUUGCAGAACUAGCUAAUUCUGGAAGACCUUUGUUCCCUGGGUCUGAUGUUGAUGACCAACUUAAGAGGAUUUUCAAGUUACUUGGAACACCAAAUGAAGAUACUUGGCCUGGAGUAACACAAUUACCAGAUUACAAACCAUUGGCAGCUUACCAACCUAGUUUAGGACUUGCUCAAGUAGUGCCAAGACUACCUGCUAGAGGAAGGGAUCUUCUUGCACGCCUUCUCACUUGUAAUCCAGCCUUAAGAAUGCCUGCUGAUGAUGCAAUGGCUCAUGCCUACUUUCACGAUUUGAAUCCAUCAGUGAAAAAUGACAGAUGU